AUGCCUGACCGACACAAACUCUGCGAGAUGGCCAAGGAGCGUGGGAAGCUCAUAUAUCGAUCGGUGGGCGGACUGUCACCGUCUGCCAAUAGCACCUUUCAUGUCGAGGCGCCGACGGCAAUGUGCCAGUACCUGCUGUACUACAACCGAUGCGGAUGCUAUGGGCCGCUGGUAGCUGGCGAUUCCUGUGAUAUUAUCAUUGAGCAGCUCAACCGGAUCAACGAGCUGGAGUCCUGGGUGGGAGAGGGGAUCAACGACCUCCCAUUUGACCUCCCGGAAGACUGCCUUCCUAACUGGCACAAUACAACCAUAAUCCCUAGCGGCGUAUUCUGCCCUGGGUAUUUCAACGACUGCCCAGCGAUCAGAGACCCAAACCACCCAUAUGGCUGA